UGAUGAUGGGACCACCAUGGCGCUGGGCCACCCUCUUGACGAGGUCCCCGUGGUGUCCCCCAGCGGCCCCACCAUGCUCCUGUCCCUCUGCUCGCUGCUGCUGGCCCCCACCCGCCUGCUGCUGGCCCUCUGGCGCCUGCUGGCCCACCUGGGGGUGGCGGUGGCCGCCGUGGCCGCCGGGGGGGCCUACGGGCUCUGGGGGUUGGGGCUUCUGCUGCGACGGGGACCUUGUAGGACCUUCUACUGGAGGACGAGGGACCAGGAACCCCCCGGGCUGGCCGACGGCACCUUCGGGGAGCACCGCUACCUGCACCUCCAGGACUCGGGGCUGCGUCUCCACUACGUCACCCGAGGUCCCACCACGGCGCCGUUGAUGCUGCUGCUCCACGGCUUCCCUCAGAACUGGUUCUGCUGGAGACAUCUCCUCCAGGAGUUCAGCGCCCAAUUCCGAGUGGUGGCCUUGGAUCUCCGCGGCUACGGAGCUUCGGAGAAGCCACCAGGGAAGGACAACUAUCAGUUGGAGCUCCUGGUGGAGGACAUCCGUCAGGUCAUCGAGGCCUUGGGGAGACCCAACGAGACGACGGAGGCCACCAGAAAGGCCCCCAAGUGCGUCCUGGUGGGACACGACUGGGGUGGACUCCUGGCCUGGGAGUUGGCCACCAAGUACCCAACGCUGGUGGAGAAGUUGGUCCUCAUGGACGCUCUUCGAAGAGGCAUCAUGGGAGGUUUCGCCGCCUGUCACCUCUCCCAACUUCUCCGCUCCAGCUACAUCUUCCUCUUCCAGCUCCCGUGGCUCCCCGAGCUCCUGCUCUCCUUGGCCGACUUUGAGCUGGUGAAGACCUUCCUGAUGGGACGCUGGACGGGGAUCCAGAACCCGGCGCGGCGGUUGACGGAGGAGGAGAUGGACGCGUAUCUCUACGGCCUCUCCCAACCAGGGGGGUUGUCCCCCACCAUCCACUACUACCGCAACCUCUUCAGGGACACUCCGGUGGCGCGGGAACCUCCGCCGCCCCCCACCCUUCUGCUCUGGGGCACCCGCGACGCCUUCCUGGACGUUCGGUUGGUGCCGCGGGUGCUGCGCCGUCUCCGUCCCGGCGCCCGUCACCACCUCCUGGCGGACGCCGGCCAUUGGCUGCCCGAGGAGGACCCCCAGCGCAUCGCCCGCAUCAUCCGGGACUUCCUGGAGGAGGGGCACCAACGCUCCUGACGGCAAACGGAGGAACUCAACAUCUGGGGGAGGAGGAACCCAACAGCUGGGGAGGAACUCAACAUCUGGGGAGGAGGAACCCAACAUCA